AUGUCUCCGUCUUCUGGAAGUGGAGAAACGUACGCCGUCACAUCCCAUUACGUGAGGAUGGACGGAGCAGAAAGAAUCCCGCCAGAGUUGAAUCAGCUUCACGAACUCGCUCAGAGGCCGACAUAUAAUGACCCGAUCAAUGACCUGAUCAAAGACCUGAUUAAUGACCUGAUCAAUGACCUGAUCAAUGACCUGAUCAAUGACCUGAUCAAAGAUCUGAUCAAUGACCUGAUCAAUGACCUGAUAAGACAAAAACGUAAAACAGAAGGUUCAGGUGGAACCAGACAGGAAGUGGUUCCUCAUGUGUUUCCCUUUGUUUCCUGCUGCAGGGUCAUCACCUACGAGUGCUGUCCCGGUUAUGAGAAGAUUCCCGGAGAGAGGGGCUGUCCUGCAGCACUGCCUCUGGUAAACAUCUACAACACUCUGGGCGUAGUCGGAGCCUCCACCACUCAGAUGUACUCUGAACGAGCCCAGCUGAAGGCCGAGAUUGAAGGCCCGGGAAGCUUCACCUUCUUCGCCCCGAGCAACGUGGCCUGGGCCGCCCUGCCCACAGAGAUCCUGGACGCUCUGGUGAGCAAUGUGAACAUCGAGCUGCUGAACGCUCUUCAUUACCACAUGGUGAACCGCCGGCUGACCUCCGAGGAGCUGAGACACGGGUCGUCCUUCGCCUCCAUGUACCAGGACUUCCCCGUACACAUCCACCACUACAGCAACGGGAUCGUGACGGUGAACUGCGCUCGUCUGAUCAAACCUGACCAACACGCCACCAACGGCAUCGUCCAUGUGGUCGACCGCGUUAUCACCGCUGUCUCUAACAACGUGCAGACGCUCAUCGACAUCGACGACGACCUGGAGACGCUGCGAACAGCGAUGGCGGCCGCCGGUCUGACUGCCAUGUUGGAGAACGAGGGUCAGUACACGCUGUUCGCUCCCACCAAUGAGGCCUUCGAGAAGAUUCCUCAGGAGACCCUGAACAGGAUCCUGGGAGACCCUGUGGCCCUGAAAGACCUACUGAACUACCACAUCCUGAAGCACAUGCAGUGUGCCGAGUCCAUCGUGUCAGGGUCUCCGAUGGAGACGCUGCAGGGGACGGUGCUGGAGGUCGGCUGUGACGGAGACCAGAUGACUCUGAACGGGAAGGCCAUCAUCACCAGGAGGGACCAGCUGGGGACAAACGGAGUCAUCCACUACAUCAACGAGCUGCUCAUCCCCGACUCAG